AUGGAUAAUAUAAUUUUUCCCCCUUUAUCUAAAGCUCUCUAUAUUUUCGCCUCAUUUCAGGAAGACAUAUCAAUUUGCGACGCGCUGUUGGACACCCGGUCCACGGACUCGAGUCGCCGCAGCAAUCCGCGUCGCUCCCAUCGCCAGAAACGGCCCGCCAAACACUCCACGGCCUCUGAGUUCGAAGCCACGAAGAAGAAGCUGCGCCAUCAGCCACCACCGCCCCUGGAACGACGCACUUUGAGCGACGAGAACCGGCUUGAAGGUGAGUAGUUUGACUUAUUUAUUUUUUUGGUGUUUAGGAGAGAAUUUGUAGCCUUGUUCAAGUUAGAAACGAGCUGCAGAAGCAUUUAGGUCGGGGGAGGGCUUUGAAUGACUUUUCAAAAAAUUUUUUGUGAAUUUAUAGGCCAAAUAUUUAUAUUAUCCAUCAUGGAGGAUAGAGAAAGGUUUUUCCUUAACACUACUGUGUUGUUAACAGUUUAUUAUUGGAAUAUACCUAAAAGAGUUUUGAAAUUUGAGUCAAAAAUGUUUCUUUGAUGUAGAUAAAGAGUAAAUCAAACAUUUUGAUACUGGUCACCUUUUGUUUGCAUAAGGAAUGACUAGUUAUGGGGAUGAUUAACAUUUUUGAUGUCAUUUUUUCGCAAAUUUGAUGGGAAUUUGUUAUUUUAUGGGGUACAAAAACUUGAUCCAGUGCUUCAAGAAGAAAGAUAAGAGUAUUUUGAAGGUGUUGUAGCCAUUUUUGACUUGAUUCUAUCGAGUUUUUCAAAAAAUUUACGUAGUACGGAUAAUAUAGCUAAUUUUACAAUACUUAUUCCUUUUGUUUGUAAUUCCUUUAUUCCAAAUUGAUCUCCGGAGAAUACAAAAAUAGAAGCCUCCUCGCUGUUCGAUGUCUUGAUUAAGUCAUUAACUUGUUCACCCAAAAGUCUGAAAAUAAAUUCAAAGCAAUGUUUUUAAUUGAAAUGAAGUCAAGAAAAAAGCCCACUCCACUUCCCUCUUUUCUUCUCCUUUCCACUGCUCUUCGAAUUUCCGCGGGGAUUCUGCGGAAAUUCCGAAAUUCUGAUGGAGAAUUUGAAAGGUUUAUGAUUCGGGUAAAGUUUGGGAAGAGUAUGGGGCGUAGAAGGUGGGAAAAGAUUUGUAGAUAGGUGGGGAUGAAAAGAAAAUUUUGAAAAGACUAUUAUUUCUUCAAACAGUAGAGUUUAAGGUAAAAUACGACAAUUUAAUUGAUGUUCGUUAUGAUUCGACACUCGUUUUUAAUGUUUUUGAAUAAGUUUUAUCAAUAAAUUGUCGAUUUUGAUGUUAGUUUAGGAAAAAUUUGAUAAAAAGUUAAUGGAAAGAGCAAAAAUCUGGGGUAAAAUACGAGGCUAAAGCGCUUGAAAAGCCUUCUAAUUCUUAUUCAAAAAGCCAUCAGAUCAACUAAUUAUCGCCUCCAGGAGAAAAGAAACCUCCAAUUUCGAUGUCUUGAAUAGUACAAUUCCGACUGCUCUUCCUAUUGUCGUCCGUGGAAACGCGGCGAAAGUGAAAGAACCAACAAAACGGAAAUGAAAUUCGAAUGUUUUUUUUUUGGGAUUUUGGUUCAAGGUCUCCGGAGAAGUCUUGUUUUCCCUCAAGUUUAAGGUCUCAGAUUCCCCUUCUGCCCUUUUAUGGAAUUAGAAUUGGCUUAAAAAGGGAUGCCGGGGUCAGAAGGGUCGUGGUUUGGAAUCCUCAUUGUUUUCGAGGUAUAAAAAAUAGGGGGUUGCAAUUGCGGAAAAAGUCGAAUUUUGAGGUGAUACUGUGGAAUGGAAAGAUCAAAGAAGUCAAGUAUAGAACUCGAAUAAAACAGUAGGAGUAGGGAUAACCAGUAAUUUGCGAGGAGCGAAAUAAUAAUUAGGCUGGUAUUGGAAACAAUUUUACGCGACUUCUCAGGAGUAAAACUCACAAGUCAAACCCACUACAUUGGGGGACCUGAUCCUGUGCCAAAAAACGUGUCAUUUUGCAUCCGGGAAGUAUAAAAAAUGUGGCAAAAUGCCUCCCCUCCAAGUUAAAAAACUGCGUUUUGAACGGUCCCUCACAAAAAGAGCGGGCGCGCCUUUGAAAUCAUAGUGUUUUCACUUGGAGACGGAGGUAUUUUGCCACAUUUUUUGAUACUUCCUGGAUGCAAAAUGGUACGUUUUUUGCCGCUGGAUCAGGUCCCCCACUGUAGUAGGUUUGACUUGUGAGUUUUACAUCUGAGAAGUCGCAUAAAAUUGUUUGCAAUACCCGCCUAAUUAUUAUUUCCCUCCUCGCAAAUUACUGGUUAUCCCUACUCCUACUGUUUUAUUCAAGUUCCUCCUCCCUCCGAACCUUUAUUACAUUUCUUUUGGGAUCCGUUGGUGAUGUUUUAUAAUAUUUUCGUAGGAUCAAAGCGAUUCGAAAUUUUUUUUCCAGGUGACUCCAACCCGACGAGCCGCAGGAAAACGACCAUCGCCGGCUCCGUCGCCCUCCCUCGGACCAAUUCGAACCGGUUUCGCGCCAAAACCUCGCUUCAAACUGGCGUUGUCAUGAAAACGGUAGGGGCGACUGUAAUUUUGGGGGUUUAAUUCCGGAGGAAAAACGGUAUUUUAAAAGUAUUUUUGCAGAAUUUUUGAAGAAUGUUUUUGAGAAAAUUUAUUUUUUUUGGAAUUUUUUAAAAAGUUUUGGUAUUUUUCACUCAUUGUCGAAAAAUCAAGUUCAAUUUCCUUUUUUAUCCAACUCUAUAACUUUGCAGCUGGACUCGGACAAGCUCCGCUCGCCCUCAGCCCAGCCCACCUCCAGUUCGGCGCAUUCGCCGGCCGUGAUCGCCCCCACUCAAGACCAUCAUCGCCCCACAAUCCCCACCGUUCGAAGGACCUUAUCCGGCCAGGUGUCCAUCGAAAAUGGCAACGGAUUCUACGCCCCAUCGGUGCAUCCGGAAAUGGUCGGGAAACAAAAGUUCAAGGCGCAUCCGGGCAAAAACAAGUUCUGUUUCAACGGCCGCAUUCUCAUGUCCGAGCAGAACAGCGCGUUUUAUGUGACUAUCGGCAUGAUCUUCGCCACUAUGACCUCAUUUUUUAUUUUUGAGUAAGUGAAAAAAUUUUGUGGAUUUUGGAAAGUUUUGGGGUAAAAUACGGGAUAAGAUAGUGGCUUUAUUUUUUUGAAGAUGAAAAUUUUUUUUUGUUUUCCUUACUUGUCAAUUUAAAAUUCUUGUGGUUUUUUUUGGAAAUCUGCACAAAUUUUUUAGAAUUUUUUUUAGAUUGAAACUUUUUUUUGAUUUUUUUGGAUUUUUUGAAUAUUUUUCUGGAGUUUUUUUCGUAAAAUACGAUAGGGGUUGAAACGUUAUUGUUUUUUUAUUUAUUUUUUUGAAUUUCAGCGCCAUUUUCAUCGCCGAACGGGUAUCCUUGGCAUUACCGGUGUGCGCGGCCGUUCUUUUCUUCCUGGUUAUGGCCAAUCUCCUCAAAACCUCAUUCACGGAUCCCGGAAUCAUUCCCCGGGCCACCAACAAAGAAGUUAUCGAACAAGAACGUCUCUUCAAAAUCGGUAAGGUUUUUGGAAUUAAAAAAAUUUUUUUUUUGUAAAAUCUUUGUAAAAAUAGUUUGAAAUUUGAAGUAUAAAAGAAUUAAUUGGUAUUUCAGAGACGGGUAACCCCAAUGCAACGACCCCUCGAACCCGAAUGAUUGAGAUUUUCAACGAGUGCGUAGUACAGAAAUACUGCUUUACAUGUCGAAUAUUUCGCCCGCCCAGAGCUUCCCAUUGCUCGGUCUGCGACAAUUGUGUGCUCAGGUUCGACCAUCAUUGUAAGGAAUUUUGGGAUUUUUGAAUUUUUUUUUAAAUAUUCAUUAUUAUUUUGGCGGGAGUGACGUCAUUUUUCUCUUAUCUUUGAUCUAAUUUUUGAUUUUUUUCAGGUCCAUGGGUCGGAAAUUGCGUUGGCCUCCGAAAUUAUCGGAAUUUUUAUUUAUUUGUGGUGCUAUUGACAAUUUUGGACUUUCUGGUUGGCGCUUGUUCCAUCACCCAUCUUAUUAUGCGUAAGUUUUUUGUCGUUUUUUCUGAAAGUUUAGGCCCAAAGAUGUCUAAAAAUCCCAUUUCCAGUGUCAAUGGAGCACCGAAACUUUGUGGAAGCCAUCAACGCCACGCCGGGCUCGGUUUUUGUUAGUCUAGUGGCAAUAAUCUCGGUGUGGUCGGUCCUGGGACUCUCCUGUUUCCACACAUAUUUGUUGGCAUCGAAUCAAACAACAAAUGAGGAGGUGAAAGACACCUUCAGCGACCUGCUGGGAUCGUAUUGCGGAUCAUUGUAUUCUACGGGAAAUUUAUUUACAAAUUGUUUGGCCACUUUGUGCGCUCCGGAACCUCCGAGUUUGAUCGAUCGAAGGGGAAAAAUUGAGGCGGUUACGGUGGUGGAGGUGAGAAUUUUAAAAUUUUUAAAGGUUUUAAAAAAUUUUGAGGUUGUUUUGGGAAGAAAAAUUAUUUUUUAUGGAAGUAAUGUGGGUUGAUUUUCUUUUUUUUUUUUUUUUAAAUGUCCUAGACGAAUUUGGGUAUUUCGAAAAGUCUGGGCGAAAUUGGCAAUAUUUUAAAAAUUUUCAAGUAUUAUAUUGUCGUAUUUUAUAGGUCCAACCGGAAGCCCUCCGCUCCCACCGUCAUCUCCAGACCAUCCUGAGUCAGCCCACCCACAAACUCGGCACUUCUUCGUCUGUUCCCAAACUCACAGUCAUCCCGAGACGGCACUCUUCGACCUCUGUAAUCUCGACAACCUCCUCAUCCCAUCACUCGGAAUCCUCGAUAAACUCGUAUUCAUCGGAUCAAGUCCAUAAGGCCAAAGACGCGCCUCCAGAAUUACAUCAAAUCUCCAUCGAAUCAGAGGAUGAACAUCAUGAUGUCAGAUAUCGAGACAAUUAUGCCAUCGAAAAUGACGAUGAAACUACUGAAAAUGGAAAUGAGGCGGAAGUAAAAAUCAUUGGAGAUAAGAAAACGACAAAGACUGGGUAAGAAUUUUACGAAAAAAUUUGGGUUUGGAUAUUGUUUUAUGCAGUAUUUGAUGAUGACUUUCAUUUUAGCCCCGUCCGAACGUAG